UCUGACUUGGCUGCCGACGUGGUAGUUACGAUCUAGAAUACAUCACAUCACAAAACCCUCACGGAGAUAUUUGUUCUGCACUGGACCACGGUACUCACCCCUCUAUAACUUACACGAGUAUCCGGUGCAUCACCACGAUGAAUUGCCCCUCGCGAACUGAUGACACUUUGGAACACCCGGGUUGGAAUCAAAACCCACCUGAGUUAAAUGCAGACACAACCACUCGCAACGACUUCAACGGUAUUGCCAAUUCCAAAGUGCAUAGAAAGCAUGCGUCCGGAGCGGGAGCAGCGACGGGGGAAGGCAUCACAGCUCUAGACCCUCAACCACAUGACCUGGAUCGAAAAGUCUCUGAGUCCGAGAAGAAAGUGCCUGGCGAAGUGAUCGCUGCAUCCUCUGGGUAUCAAACACCUGAGAGGAACAGUGGAUCACCUCGCCGCUUUUCUAGUAUCCCCAUCCCACCUUAUAUUCUCCGCAUUGCUCAAAGUAUCGUGAAAUUUGCUCGCUUCGUGGGCCCUGGCUUUCUGAUUGCGGUGGCUUACAUUGACCCGGGAAAUUAUGCGACUGAUGUCGCUGCCGGUGCGGAGUAUCGAUAUUCCCUCUUGUUCAUCGUUCUUCUUUCCAAUCUCUUUGCCAUUUUUCUGCAAUCGUUGUGCAUCAAGCUUGGUACCGUAACCGGCUUGAAUCUAGCCGAAAACUGCAGAGAGCACCUUCCUCGGUGGCUGGUGUACAUCCUCUACUUUUUUGCCGAGGCGGCUAUUGUCGCAACGGAUAUUGCAGAGGUGGUUGGAUCCGCAAUUGCACUCAACCUUCUGUUGAAGAUCCCCUUGGUGGCUGGAUGCGCGAUCACGCUUGCCGAUGUGCUAUUCAUUCUCAUUUUCUACAGGCCUAAUGGAAAUAUGUUGGGGUUACGCUUGUUUGAAAUCUUCGUCAUGGCUUUGGUGUUAGGCGUCGUUGUUUGCUUUUGCAUACAACUCUCGCUUAUAAGGGGCCAGUCGGUUGGCGAUGUUUUCAAGGGCUAUUUGCCAUCAUCGGCCAUAGUAGAGUCCACAGGUUUAUACCAAAGCUGUGGAAUUCUCGGUGCCACAGUCAUGCCUCAUUCAAUGUUUCUUGGUAGUGGUGUUGUCCAAUCGCGCCUUAAAGAGUUUGAUGUUACUGCAGGCUAUGUCAACUCAUCCGUUUGUUUAGGAAGUACAAACGGGGAGGUUGAGUAUAGACCUUCUCUCCAUGCGAUCCGAGGUUGCUUGAAGUACUCCAUUGUAGAACUUGCAUUGUCACUCUUCACAUUUGCUCUUUUCGUCAACAGCUCUAUCUUGAUCGUUGCAGGUGCUGCCCUCUAUGGAAACCCAGAUGUUGGCGAAGCUGACCUUUGGGGUAUCCAUGAUUUGCUUUCUACCUCUAUCGCUCCCGCCGCAGGCUUGGUCUUUGGGCUGGCCUUACUUCUCUCUGGAAUUUCGGCCGGGAUUGUGUGUACGAUGGCGGGGCAGAUGGUGAGUGAAGGCAUGUUAAAUUGGAGCUUGAGACCCUGGCUUCGCAGAUUGAUCACUCGGUCAAUCAGCAUCGUUCCCAGUAUCAUUGUUGCAGGUGCUGUUGGCAGGAAAGGUCUGGACAAGACUCUUACUGCUAGUCAAGUUGUGCUGAGUGUGAUUCUUCCUUUCGUGAGUGCCCCCUUGGUCUACUUUACCUGCCGCAACCGGUACAUGACCGUCGCAGCCGAUCGGAUCAGCUACGGCGAGGGCCAGGCUCAAACGGAAGGAGUUAAGAUGAAAAAUAAUCUCAUUACUUCUGCCGUUGCAGUCGUGAUAUGGUUGAUUAUUGCGGUAAUGAAUGUGGCUUUGCUCGUCUUAGUUGGUCUCGGUAAAGCCUAGAAGAAUAAUUCCGCGUGCAUAUGUUGAGAAAUCAAAGAAUAGGCUGCAGGAGGGAAACACUUAUGUGCGUUGCGAUUAUGGGGAUUUCAAAAGUAGAACAGGUAGU